CGCUCUCUCUCUGUCCGCGCGCGAGCGCGGCGCGCCGCCGAACAUGGCCGAGAAGCAGAAGCACGACGGGCGGGUGAAGAUCGGUCACUACGUGCUGGGGGACACGCUGGGCGUGGGCACCUUCGGCAAAGUGAAGAUUGGUGAACAUCAAUUGACAGGCCAUAAAGUGGCAGUUAAAAUCUUAAAUAGACAGAAGAUCCGCAGCUUAGAUGUUGUUGGAAAAAUAAAACGAGAAAUUCAAAACCUUAAACUCUUUCGUCAUCCUCAUAUUAUCAAACUGUAUCAGGUGAUCAGCACUCCCACGGACUUUUUCAUGGUGAUGGAGUACGUGUCCGGAGGUGAACUCUUUGACUACAUCUGCAAACAUGGACGGGUUGAAGAGACGGAAGCCAGGAGGCUUUUCCAACAGAUUCUGUCAGCUGUGGAUUAUUGUCACAGGCACAUGGUUGUUCAUCGGGACCUGAAGCCGGAGAAUGUAUUGCUGGAUGCCCACAUGAAUGCGAAGAUAGCUGACUUUGGCCUGUCUAACAUGAUGUCAGAUGGUGAAUUCCUACGAACCAGCUGUGGCUCUCCAAACUACGCAGCACCCGAAGUCAUUUCAGGAAGGCUGUACGCCGGGCCCGAGGUGGACAUCUGGAGCUGCGGCGUGAUCCUGUACGCGCUGCUGUGUGGCACCCUGCCCUUCGACGACGAGCACGUGCCCACCCUGUUCAAGAAGAUCCGCGGGGGCGUCUUCUACAUCCCCGAGUGCCUCCACCGCUCCGUGGCCACGCUGCUCAUGCACAUGCUGCAGGUCGAUCCUCUGAAGCGAGCGACCAUCAAAGACAUCAGAGAGCAUGAAUGGUUCAAACAAGAUUUACCUACUUACCUCUUUCCUGAAGACCCUUCCUACGAUGCCAGUGUCAUCGAUGACGAGGCCGUGAGGGAGGUCUGUGAGAAGUUUGAGUGUACGGAGGCCGAGGUGAUGACCAGUUUGUACAGCGACGACCCUCAAGACCAGCUGGCCGUGGCGUACCACCUGGUCAUCGACAACCGCAGGAUCAUGAACCAGGCCAGUGAGUUCUACCUCGCCUCCAGCCCUCCGACCGGCUCCUUCAUGGACGACAGCGCCAUGCACAUUCCCCCGGGCCUGAAGCCGCACCCGGAGCGGAUGCCGCCGCUCAUCGCUGACAGCCCCAAAGCGCGCUGUCCUCUGGACGCCCUGAACACGACGAAGCCCAAGUCCUUAGCCGUGAAGAAAGCCAAGUGGCACCUGGGCAUCCGGAGCCAGAGCAAACCCUACGACAUCAUGGCCGAGGUGUACCGAGCUAUGAAGCAGCUGGACUUCGAGUGGAAGGUAGUGAACGCAUACCACCUUCGAGUCAGAAGGAAAAACCCAGUGACCGGCAAUUAUGUGAAGAUGAGCUUGCAGCUUUACCUGGUCGACAGUAGGAGCUACCUUUUGGACUUCAAAAGCAUCGAUGAUGAGGUGGCGGAGCAGAGGUCCGGCUCUUCCACCCCUCAGCGCUCCUGCUCGGCCGCUGGCUUACACCGGCCAAGGUCAAGUUUCGAUUCAGCAACUGCUGAGAGCCAGUCCCUUUCCAGCUCCCUCACUGGCUCCGUGACGGGAAGCACCCAGUCUCCGGUCUCCCCUCGCCUGGGCAGCCACACCAUGGAUUUUUUUGAAAUGUGCGCCAGUCUGAUCACUACUUUAGCCCGUUGAUAAUCCUGCCACUGGUUUCUGUCUCUCUGUGUUUACUCACUGUGAAAAAAAAAAAAAUCAGAUAUCCUAUUUAAAUUAUUAUUUCACUUCUGGAGAUCAUAGAGUUUGCAAUCCCAGUAGACAUGACUAUUGCUAGGGGACGUGCUGUGUUACUGAAGUUACCGCGUACACAAAGGGUCGCUGUUGUCUCUGCGUUGAGAACUCUGUGAUUGUGCUGUGUCUGCGACGCCGUGACAAAGGGGGAGCAUGAAUGGGGCCCAUGGUCCCCACCUGUGAGCUAAAGGGACCUCCUCUGCUGCCCCACGGAGGGUACGCAAGUCCACUUGGCCCCCUGAACGUCAGCGGGCUUUAAGCUCUCUAAGUUUCCAGGCUUCUUGCCCAAGAAGAUUGAGAAAUAAAAUCCCCAUUAGUAAAAAGAUGAUUUAAAUGUUGAAAUCUCAAGAGCUUGUUCCCUAAAUAUCAGAAGCGGAGUUCCCGCAACAGCUAACUGCAGUUACUGCCCAGUGAAACCCCAGGAGGGCUGUGGCUCCGUAACCAGUCCCCAGUCUCCAGGUUCUUAAAAAUAGCUCUCUCUACCUCUCAGGGUAAGGUCUUGAGAUGCGCCUGAGUCAUCACGUAUGUCCUAAGAGCCUUCAGGGCUUGAUACUGAAAUGCCUGCGAUGGCAGCAGCAUCUGUCUUCCCUACCAGCUUAUAUGAUUAUAAAAAUAUGUCCUUGUAGCUUCCCGUUCUCAAAUUAUUUGUGACACUGUUUAUCAUCUUUUUUUUUUUUUUUUCCCGAGGUAGGGUCUCGCUCUAGCCCAGGCUGACCUGGAAUUCUCUAUGUAGUCUCAGGGUGGCCUCGAACUCACGGCGAUCCUACUACCUCUGCCUCCCGAGUGCUGGGAUUAAAGGCGUGCGCCACCACGCCCGGCUCUGUUUAUCAUCUUUUUACCAAGAAUGGUCAGAGGGUAGGCAGAGCGGGAGAUACAGCUCAGUGGCAGCGUGUUCACGUAACACGUGGAAGACCCCAGGUGUAAUCCCGCCACCACCCAAACACACACACACACACACACACACACACACACACACACAAUAGCUAGUUCAACGAAACAAGGCAGAACAAACUCUUCUCCUUUCCUUUCCUCGUGUGUCUCUGGGGUGUGGUGGCUCAGGGGAGGAGCAGGCGGCCGGAUGCUGUGUGUCAGCGUGGCUCCCAUCAUUCCUUCACCCAGGUCACUGUUGUCUCCCCUUCACUUGUGACCCACGUAGCCCUGGAACCCUCUGCGGCUCCCUUUCUUGAUUGACAGCCACUCAGUUCAAAGACCCUGUUUUGUGCACUUCCAAUUUUGAUAUGCCGUGACCUUCACCGUCAAACCCGGCAAGGCAGGGAAGCCUUAAAUGCUUUCAAAAGUUCUCUCUUGGGAUAAAGAUAUGUGUUGCUUAAAUAUGUGCAUACGUGUUGACACACCAGUGCUUUGAAUCAAAAACCAAAUUUUUGUGUGUGCAAUCUUUUUUAAAAGAUUUAAGAUUUUUGUUUGUUUUUUUUUUAAAGAAGAAAAGCCUAUUGCAGAGUGUAUAGUAGCUCGUUGAUUAUAGUUUGUCUUAGUAAAAAUAUUUUUAAAUUAUUUAUAAUUUAUUGAAUCCCCAUUUAUUGUAUUUAUGUUGUAAUUAACAAAAUCAUUGGUCAGACUUACCCUGGAAAAUGUAAGCUCUUGCAAACACAAAUGACAUUACCUUGACAAGUGUCUGUUUGCCAAAUGUAUUUUCUACCAAGAAGCAAAUGAGAAAGUUCAACCAAGUUUCUCCUGUUUUUAUAGAAGACAGGUAUGUCUACCUUUACAUAUUCUUUUGAAUCACGAGCAUGCACUGUAUAAGAUUAUAAAUCUUUUUUUUUUUAUGCUGUUUAAUACUUGUAAAUCCAGGUUAAAAUCAUCAGUGGAAAAGAAUGGGUUUACAGUGUCAGAUAGUUUAAGGUUUAACCUUUGCAAGACUGCCAUCUUGUGGCAUGAGGGGGUAAUUUUUAGUAAUUAUUUUAACAAGGAUGAAUAAUCCUGUUUACUAAAUCCAAUGUGCUAUGGACUCGGCCUAAUUUUGGCUUCUCCAAAUGUGUACAUACCUCUUUGUUUGGAAAGAACAAAGCCACCUCAUAUUUGCCUAAUUACAAGUUGGCACAGCCUCAAAAUAAGGAACUGAAUGGAUUCUUCCCAUGACAAAACUCUGCCACAGUUUUGAAGGUAGAAAGGACUCCUGAACAUCUCUUUAGUAAAUCCGAUAUUAAAAACCAGGUCAUAGCAAACCAA